UCUGAAAGGUAUAUGAGAUCUCUGGACGGAAUACAUUACUCGGAAUUGCACAGAAAUGAUUUUAGAAGUCUUGAUUUCUGUGCCCGUGCUUAUUUUUAUUUUUUGCAAAUUGUGGACACACUUGAACCACACUUACUUUAUCUUAAGUCUCUGUAAGCGACUUCGCACAGAGGAUGGAAGCCCGCUGGAAAAAAAGAUUUACGUAACGCCGACCAAAUUCGGAAACAACUUCGACCUAUUGAACUUUACAUCUGAAAGCAUCUUUAACUACAUGAGGGAUGCUUCUGCUCAAGCGAAUGGUCGAAAUUAUCUGUGGUAUUUCUUCCGAGCACCCAUGUACAAUGUGGUCAGGGCCGAAGAAGCCGAGGAAAUAUUCCAAAGUCCGAAGCUUAUCACUAAAAAUAUGAUCUACAGUCUUUUGGAACCAUUUUUGGGUGAAGGACUGCUGACCAGCACAGACCAGAAAUGGCAUUCUAGAAGAAAAGCCCUGACACCCGCCUUCCAUUUCAAUGUUUUGCAGUCGUUCCUAAACAUUUUCAAGGAAGAGUGCAAUAAACUGGUAAAAGUCCUCUAUCAAAGUGUGGAUAAGGAAUUGGAGCUCAAUCAGGUCAUUCCUCAGUUUACUUUAAACAAUGUUUGUGAAACCGCACUGGGCGUAAAGCUAGACGAUAUGACGGAGGGUUUCAGAUAUCGCAAGUCGAUUCACGCCAUAGAAGAGGUCAUGCAACAGCGACUAUGCAAUCCCUUUUUCUAUAACGUAGUGUAUUUCUAUCUAUAUGGAGACUACCGAAAACAGGUAGAUAACUUGAAAAUAGCCCACGCCUUCUCCAGUAAUCUCAUAGAGAAAAGGAGGAAACUUUUUAAAAGUAAACAACUUGAGAAAGUGGAUGAAUUUGGCAAGAAGCAGCGGUAUGCCAUGUUGGAUACCCUUUUAGCAGCCGAAGCAGAAGGUCAGAUAGAUCAUCAGGGAAUCUGUGAUGAGGUCAAUACUUUUAUGUUCGAGGGAUACGAUACUACAUCAACCUGUCUUAUUUUUACCCUGCUCAUGUUGGCCCUUCACGAGGAUGUGCAACAGCGAUGUUAUGAGGAGGUGGAAAACCUUCCCGAGGACAGCGAUGAUAUCAGCGUGUUCCAGUACAACGAACUGUUCUAUUUGGAAUGUGUGAUCAAGGAAUCGCUGAGGAUGUUUCCCUCGGUGCCCUUUAUUGGUCGUAAAUGCGUGGAGGAGAGUGUGGUAAAUGGUCUAAUACUGCCCAAGGAUACCCAAAUCAACAUUCACAUCUAUGAAAUCAUGAGGGAUCCCCGGCACUUUCCAGAUCCACUCAGAUAUCAACCAGAUCGAUUCCUUCCUGAAAACACUGUGAAUCGUCAUCCCUUCGCUUUUGUACCCUUUAGUGCAGGACAAAGGAAUUGUAUAGGACAAAAGUUUGCCAUCCUGGAGAUCAAAGUUCUACUCGCAGCGGUUAUCAGGAAUUUCAGGAUACUACCCAUCACUUAUCUAGCUGACCUUACGUUUGAGAAUGGAAUUGUGUUGCGUACUCAGCAAAAUGUAAAGGUUAAAUUAAUGCGUAGGGUCAAACAAAACAUAACUGUAUAAAUUUACUAAUCACCCAAACUUUCAAACUUUAUUGCAUUCUAUUAAAAUCCUAAACACAAUUACUAGAAAUAAAGAACCAUAAAAUAUUCCGAUAACAAAA